CAGGGUGAACGAGGAAGAGUCAUAGCGAGGGAGUGCAAGAAGGUGGUUCUUGCAACCUUGAUGCAAGACAAACGGAAUUCACAAUAUUUUUAUUGACAGUUUGCUUUUUGUUAAAGGGGGGAUCCUGAGAAGAGAAUGGAGCACAGCAUGGGUUCUGAUGUCCAGUUCCAGACCAGCAAGAGCAAACACUAUGGCAGUUCCAGUGACAGUGGGUACCUGGAUUCAUUCCACAGCCCAGAUAUGAAAACUGGGCUCAAAUGUGACCCAUCACUGUCUUUUUGCGAAGACGGCUUUCAUGAAACACCCAAAGAGAACUUUCUGCAGAGACGUGAACCCCGCUUGUCCCUCACUCCCAAGAAGGACAAAGACAGGGAGCCUGUCAGAUGUCUAGAGAAGGAGUUAAGGAAGGAGCAGCCAGUGGUCACUGGCUGGUGUGAAACUCCCAAAGUAUCCAAAAGGGAUGCCUCUCUCAGACGACGCCUUCUCAUAAGCCAAUCUGUCACAGAGGGUAAAACUGAGAUCACUGGGACGCCGUGUACCAGAAAGACUGGACCCUCGGUCAACGUGAAGUCUCAGCGCAUCAGCUCUAAUGUUUUCCUCUACUCUCCCGAAUCCAAGUUGAUGGGAGCUUUAGCCACAAGCACUUUAAGACCUGAGGAGUUGCCUCUCUCCGGCAGAAAACGGCGCCUCCUGUUUUCUCACAUGAAAACCUCCACCCUCGAAGAUGGAAACUGCAAUGUAGCCGACCUCCCCAGGUUCGACAAGAGGGGGUCCGAGUCUCUCACGGACACAGACUUGGACGAGAGCAUCAUCUCCUCCGAUUGCCUCGCCACCGACAUGCUGGAGACGCCGUGCCACGCCAAGUUCCUGUCCGCGGUGAAGGGGGGCUUCCAGACGCCCGUCAACCUGGCAGCCAACCUCUCCGAGAGCCCAAGCGUCCUGAGCACCCCCCCGUCUGCCACGCCCAGCCCCAAACUCGACGCCUCCAUGUCCGAGGACAGCGGCUUCAGCUCCCUGGCCCUGGACAAGUCUCACGACUCCUCCGUGGAUCACGACGGCUCCUUCCAGGACCUGCUGCCGUCCUCCACGGGAAAGGAGACGCCCCGCCUGGCCGAGCUGAAGAGGAGGUCCAGGCUGGAGCGCCAGCGCAGGCUUUCCACGCUCAAAGAGGGAGGUUCCCAAUCGGAGGAGGAGGCCAGGGCCACCAGCAAACACCUUCGAGAGAAGACCCAGACCGACCAGGGACGGCAGCAACCUCAGCCACGAGGGAGCCUCUCCAAGGAGGACGAGGUCUUCCUACAGGUGACUCCCCUCCGAACUGAAACCUCCAGGCUGGAGGACCUGUCCCUGACCCCAGCCCUGCAGAUGGUCCGUGCCAUGAGCCUGCGGACCGCCGGGAUCCUCCCGGAGCAGACCAGCCUGGAGGAGCUAUUGAGGGCCUCAAACACCCCAGAACCUUUUAGGACCACCAUGCCCCUGGCCGGGCUGAUUGGCAGGAAGAUCGGCCUGGAAAAGGUGGAUGUCUUCACGGAGCUGAAGAAGAGGAACCUGAGGCACAUCCUGUCUAUGGUUCUGAAGCAGCUGUCCCCUGAAGAUAUCUACAGAUUUAGUCAAGUCUGCACUUCCUGGAAUUGCAUCAUCCAGCAAGACAAGAUGGCCACUCGUAGGAGGAAACUUUACCUGAAGGAGGUGAAGAUGGCGUUAGAGCUGGGCAGUGCGACCCAUGUUCCUGAUGCUGAGACCAGGCUGAACCUGCUGAACAGGUCUGCUCUCCGGUCCGUCCAGGCCCAGUCUACCACCCCCAGCACUCGCACCCCCCAGUCAGCCCACAGCACUGGAACCCCAGUCCAGCACAACACUUCGUACUCGAGCAGCAAGCGGGACAAGUUCCUACAAGUGGCAAAAACCCUCUUCAACGAUGAGUCCCUAAAGGCAUGCCCCAGAUGCCAGCACCCGGCGCGAUGCCACUCCGUCAAACGUGAGGGUGUGUGCAGCACAGCCGACUGUGGCUUCCAGUUCUGCACAGCAUGCCUGUGUGCCUUCCAUGGGUCCAAAGACUGUGAGAGCUUGUCUGCACAUCGGCGCAUGAAGAAGGAUGUGCUUCCAGGCAGCGCUCAGAGCAAGCGCAACCUAAGGAGACUAUGAAUGUAUGACAUUUUUGAUGUGGCUGUGAUUGUAGCUGGAAAAUUACCUACAGGUGUUUUUUUCCGUACUUUUUUUUGUUUUUGAAACAUUGUGGGGAUGUUUCGUGAUUUUUAAUUAUGAAUCUGUGAUGCCCUUGCCAGUAGAUUUCCAAUCAGACAUGAAAUGUGUUAUUGAACUGGCUCCUCUUUGCACAAAUGGAUGUACAUAAUUUUCUCUUCUCUGAACUUGAUUCUCAAACUUUUAUCAGUGUGUCUUUGUAUAUAUUGUUGACUCUGUACUACUGUUACAGAUUCUUUUAAAUAAAGGUUAUU